AUGCUCCUCGGGCAUUGCUUGGGACCUGGAGACUUCCAGGCAGUGCUAGAUGUAGAUGGUCAAGAACUACAAGUUGCUGCCAAGUACUAUAUAUUGCCUGCUGCCCCGGGUGGGGGAAAUGGUGGUGGUGGCCUUGGCCUUGCGUCGAGAGACAGGAGAUGCCCUUUUUAUGUGAUGCAAGAGAGUCAUGAACAAUCUAAUGGCCUGCCAGUAAGAUUUUUACCAGUGAACUAUAAAGCGGAUGCUAAUGUGAGCUUGUCUAGUGAUUUGAAUAUUGUGUUUCAUGCUGCUACAAUCUGUGUGCAAUCCACUGGGUGGAAAGUUGGAAGCGUCGAUGAGAUUACUGGACGGAGGCGUGUUCGACGAAAAUGGGAAGAAAUGGCUUGGCUUAAGUGA